AUGGCAGAGCACAAACAACAUGGCGCCCACAUAGAAGGCAGCAAAGGGCUUGAAAUAAUUCAUUCCAAGCUCUUCCUCCUGCGCCUUUCAGCGUGGGUAAGCUCUCUGUCCAUGGGGAUGAUUUUCCUUUGCUGCCCUGUAGUCAGUGUCUUCACAGACAUACUUGGUUGUCAGAAAACAGCUGUUGUGGGUGCUGCUGUGGGAUUCAUUGGACUCAUGUCCAGUUCUUUUGUAAGCUCCAUCGAGCCUUUGUAUCUUACCUAUGGAAUCAUAUUUGCCUGUGGCUGCUCCUUUGCAUACCAGCCCUCACUAGUCAUUUUGGGACACUAUUUCAAGAAGCGCCUUGGACUUGUGAAUGGCAUUGUCACCGCUGGCAGCAGUCUCUUCACAAUUUUGCUCCCUUUGUUUUUAAGGGUUCUGAUUGACAACAUGGGCCUCUUUAAUACACUGAGGGUCCUCUGCAUCUUCAUGUUUGUUCUCAUUCUGGCUGGCUUUACUUACCGACCUCUUGAUUUCAUUGCUAAAGACAAAGAGAGUGAAAGCAGCAGAUUCUCCCUCUUUUCCAGGAAAAAAUUGAGUCCUCCAAAAAAAAUUUUCAAUUUUGCCAUCUUCAAGGUGACAGCUUAUGCAGUAUGGGCAGUUGGAAUACCACUUGCACUUUUUGGAUACUUUGUGCCUUAUGUUCACUUGAUGAAGCAUGUGAAUGAAACAUUUCAAGAAGAAAAAAAUAAAGAGGUGGUUCUUAUGAGCAUUGGUAUCACUUCAGGAGUCGGACGGCUUCUCUUCGGCCGGAUUGCAGAUUAUAUGCCUGGUGUGAAGAAGGUUUAUCUACAGGUACUAUCGUUUUUCUUCAUUGGUCUGAUGUCCAUGAUGAUACCCCUGUGCAGGGUCUUUGGGGCCCUCAUUGCUGUCUGUCUCAUCAUGGGACUCUUUGAUGGAUGCUUCAUUUCUAUCAUGGCCCCCAUUGCCUUUGCAUUAGUUGGGGCCCAGGAUGUUUCCCAAGCAAUUGGAUUUCUCCUUGGACUCAUGUCUAUACCCAUGACUGUUGGCCCACCAGUGGCAGGGUUGCUUCGUGACAAGCUUGGUUCCUAUAACGUGGCAUUCUACCUCGCCGGAGUCCCUCCCCUUAUUGGUGGUGCUGUACUUUGUUUUAUCCCAUGGAUUCAUAGUAAGAAGCAGAGGGAGAUCCAGAAAACCACUGGUGGAGAAAAGAUGGAGAACAUGUUGGGGAAUCAGAACUUUCUGCUGUCAAGUUCAUCUGGAAUCUUCAAGAAAGAAUCGGAUUCUGUUAUUUAAUGUCUUAUAUACCUCUACCAGACUUGACUUACUUUUGAAUAUUAAGCAAGUUUUCCUUUUAUAUGAAUUGCAAAUUUUCUAUUUUUUAAUCGUAUCCUUGGAAUAGCACAAUGAUUGGGAAAUAGAACUUUUAUUCCUACAAGAACUGUUUUCUCCCACCAAGUAGCUAUGUGAUAUUUCCAGGAGUCUGAGGGAAGAGACUCUGUUACAGAAAAACAUAUCUGAAAAUCAAAUAUUUGAAGCUAUCUCAGUAAACGCUAACUUUGGAAACUGUGAAUGCUAUUCAGCUUGUUAAAUAUUUUAAAAUACCUCAGGCUAUAUUGAAUGAGUUGCAGUUUGGUUAAAACUGGAAAUAUUUUAUUUGUCUCAUGUAGUAUCUUGAGUUCUGGUACCUCUCUUUUAAAUUCUUCUACUCUUUGGAAACAUAUCGAAAAAUUUAAGCCUGUAUGCUAGGUAACAACAGAUCCACCUAAACUAUAGGACUAUGUGAAAAUUAUUUUCCUGCUGCUCAAUAAGCUAUGAAAUUAAGGUAUUCUAACUUGUUUCAGUGUCAGGGGUCCUUCUGGGAGCAGACACUAACAGUGUAUUUAGAACUAAUGUGUGAGCUGGGGAAGAUCAUCUUCAUGAGGGCAGAGCAGUUUUCUUCCAUUUACAUUUGUUCUCUUUGGGUUUCCAGUUUUUUGCUCAAGCACCCAAAACAUCUCAAAUUUUUAAUUUUGUUUAAACAAUAAAAUACAUCAGAAUGCAUGAAAGCUAUUCUGGAAAUUAACUCAGAAUAUUUCUGACUUCUGGAUUUAUUAAUACUGGUACUUAAAAUCUUAUUAAACAUGUUAUCAAAUAGGAGUUAUGGGCCCAAAUUAGAGGGAGAGGCAAAACUCUUUAUUUGUGAAGAAAAUAGCAUUUUGAUAUAAACAAUUGCUUAAAUUGGUUAAUGAAAUAAUAGGUCUUAAAAAGUUAAAAGUGUACUUAUAAAGAUACAUAAUUCUUAUAUUUCUAAAGUUUUCUAGCAAAACUUUGCAUUCAUGCAUUGCUUAAUGACAGGGAUAUUUUGGGAAAUACAUCACUAGGUCAUACAAUCUUAAGGGACAACUGUCAUAUGCAGUCUGCCAUCGACUGAGGUGUCAUUGUAUGACAUAUGACUGUCCUAGAGCAGUGAUGGUGAACCUAUGGCAUGUGUGCUGCAGUGGGCUGUUUGUAUUAUUGAAGC